CAUCUCCAAUCGGUUAAUUAUUUUAUGGGUUUUUCGACGCUCCGCUUUGUUUGUUCGUUGUUCAGUUGGGACGGCCGGUGAAGACACCGCGCGCAUUUAUCAGUGACUCUGUGUAUUUUCUUUGAAUAAAUUCCCUUUUUUGUGUUUUUCUUUGAAUAUUGUUUAUUAAUGGAGUGUUUAAAGAGUCGCACUACUCAUGAUUAAAGUUGCGUAGUUCUUUUCGGACGCUAGAGACAUGAUUAACGGCUAGACGAAUGUUCGCGGGAUUUCUAUGGAUCGCGGGAUGUUCGUUAGAACAAAAAACGGCGCAGCGCACCAACGUGUACGUACCAUUAGAUCCUUUAAACUUGGAAGAUCUAAAUUUGUAUUUUAAAGGAUUUUAAAUAAAAGGCAAUAUCAGUGGUGCCCUCUGUCAAGAAGUUGUCCAAACCAAAAGUUUGUCUAUUUCACUUUUUUCUCUGAAAAGAAAAUGUCAAAUUGACAAUCAGCUGAUGUGCUGUGCUGAUGUGUUUGUAUACAAACAAGAAGAGUUAACGAUUUAUUUAUGAUGACAACUGCGCUUCAACAGCAAGUUUUUGCAUUAGAUGCACGCUAUAACGCACACAGGGCUCCAGAGAGCCCAAAUUUCCGUACUUUAUAUAUAAGAAGACGAAGUCAGCUACUUCGAGAAACUGACCGGAAUUCAGACCAGUGGAAACAAUAUAUUAAACUAAGAGCAAUGCUUUUGCAACAGAGGUAUGGCAACUCUAAAACCGACUCAGGUUCAAACACAAAUUUGUCUCGAACUAUGAGCAGAACCAGUAUUUUAACAGACCUUCAAGUGCCUCAAUUUUCAAGAACUAACACUGUCAUACCAACUAAAGAAGCUUUUGCUUCAAAGGCUAUAGUGGGUGGAAAUACUAUAGCUGAGAAUUAUGCUUUUAGUGGAGUUCAUCACAUAUUUGAUCAACAUUCCAAAGCUACUACAAUGAUAAAAUUUGCGAACAAUGACAGAUCCAGGCUAUGUUGCAGCUCUUUAGAUGGUAAUUUAUCGAUAUGUGAUGUUACAAGUGAUCCUCCAGCUGUUUUGGCAGUAUUAAAAGGACAUACAGAAGCUGUCCCAGGUUUUGACUGGUCAAUUAAUAAUGAUCUGAUUGCGAGUGUAUCUCUUGAUGCCACAAUCAAACUGUGGAAAGUUUCUGAUUUUGCCUGUUUAAGAACUUUAAAAGAACCAAAUUCUGCACAGAUGUUAUGCUGUAUAUUUCAGCCAAGUAAUAAUAACCUUAUUCUAAUAGGUAACAGUAAAGGAGAUAUACGAAUAGUGAAUGUAUCUACUGGAUUAUUUUUGAAAAACAUUUGUAAAAUUGGAGGAAGUAUUUUAACUAUCACAACGGACAAUAAUGGAAAGAUUUUAUGGGCGGGUAACAACAGGGGUGAAAUUGUGUCACUAUUUUGUGAGCUAAAUGGGGCUCUGUGUAAACUAAAGAAAAUAACUUUUGAUCCAAACUGUAUCAUUACAAAUUUGAGCUACAGAGCAUGGAUUAGUAGGGAAGCUAGAGAUCCGUUGUUGUUAGUUAAUGCUACAAAUAACAGCAUGUGCUUAUUUAGUGUAACUGAUAGUGAAGGUGGACUGUAUCUCAAAAGGAAGUUCCAAAAUCGCCACAGCAGACAUAUGGUUAGAUCAACUUUUUGUCCAAUCAUGUCUUUCAGAGAAGGUGCCUGUGUGGUAACUGGAAGUGAAGAUGGCAGUGUGUAUUUCGUAGACGUUGAAAAAAUCGGUACUAAGGCAGUUGUUAACACACUACAAGGUCAUUCAAGUUCCGUUUUAAGUAUCAGCUUUAACUAUGAUGAAUCUCUAUUGGCAACUAGUGAUUUAGAAGGUUUAGUUAUUAUUUGGAAAAGAAGUACAAAUAAUAUUGAGGAAACCGAGUGAUUACUUGCACCCAAUCUUAUGAAGAUAAAAUUAUUAAAUUUUUCCAGAUCUGAUAUUUUAUAGGUAUACAUUUUUGAUCUUUCAAAUAUUUAAUGUGUAUUUUAAGAUAACCUGUAUUUACAUAUUUAAAUUGUUAAAUAAAAUAUGCUUAUUUCUUUAGAUAAAACAUUUAUUAACAUAACUACGCCUAUUUUUGUAAUACAAUUAAUUUCUACAUCCUACUAAUACAAGAAUUAUUAAUAACCAAUCACAUGUUACUUAAUCCGAUACGGACAUAAAUAUAUAUCUACAACAAUUAUCUACAGAAAUUAAAAACUAGAAAUAUCUUAAGAUAUCGAUCGACACUUAAAUCAAAUCCUUUCCUUCCUAAAAAUCAUUAAAACUUGGCAGUUUAACAUCAAUCUUUAUACAAUCAAAAUUAAAGUAAUAUGCAACCAGCGAUCAACGUUACGCCAUAUACUGUCGUACUCUUUCUUUCCCGUGAAAACAGAAUGAAAUAGACUGUAUGUCACUGCAUAUAUUGUUUCUAUAGUAUUUGUCACUUUACUUUUGUGGUUAUGUUAUGAUUCUGUUGAGGGAUAUUGAUAAGUGUCAAAACUAGAAAUCCACCGUGCUGUCAAACAAAAUUCGAAUCCGACUGUUUUUUUUAUAGAAAAUAUUGAUCACGUAACGUUGAAUGAUUGUUAUACAGACUAUAUUUGUUUGUUUACUGUAAUUUUGUAUUGUUUUUUUAUUUCUUUUUGAGAUUAUACAAUAGCAUACUAAGCAACAUGUCAUACUGUCACAAAAAAAAACGACACCGCAGUAGCCUUUGAAAUGAUGAUCGAUGAUACCCGAAAACGUAAUUUAUAAAAAAUCCGAUUAUAAAAAAUUUGUCAAAAAUUAAUAUUCAAUACAGAAAAAAA